AUGGCCAUCUUUGUUGACAACGACAGGCAUCAUGCCCAACCCAAUGCCACCCAGCGAGUCAAGUACAACAAUACCAAUACACCAAGUACUACAAACUUGGACUCCCAGACCUCUACAACUAUAUCUACACUUCCAAGUAAUACAACACCUUUCUAUAAUCUCCCCAUCCUAUCCCCAAACCAAGCAUUGUCUGAGCCCGUUCACACAACAAUUUUUGCAGCUAUGCUCGAGAACGCAAUAAGAUUAGGCUUCGACCUCCAUGACCUGACCGCCAAAUGCGGGCCAGGCUCAUUUUACAUGUCCCCUUUCUACCGACCCGACGCAACGCCUCUGGAUAACCCAGAAAUAUUACUCUCCGCAGCUCUGAAAGAUGUGACCCUUCCAUCGUCAACCGUACCAGUGAGCCUCCGUCCCACGCUAGCCCAGAUCCUGAUACCGCACCAUGCGAGCCUUGACCUGAUUCCCUUGCCACAAUUUCGGGACAGGGCCAUUAUGGCAGCGGCUGCCUUGCCGCAAUUCUUCAACCUAUGGGAAUUGAAGGUGGAUGUAUAUGCUAGGGACGCACUGAUGCUAAAAAGGAGUUCGUGUGCUCCUUGGGACUGGGGAAGCUGGAAAGCUGCUCCUUGGUUCCUGAAAAAGUGGAGAAUGGCACUUAGUUAUGAAGAUGAACUGAGCAGAUCAUCUUUGUCGAAUGAGGACAUCUAG